AUGAAGUGGCCUAUUAUUCUAUUCCUCCUGGCUUUCUUGGCCACCUACAUUCAUGCCGCGCCAGUCGGCACCGAAGCGGCUGCUCCCAAGCCAGUAGCCGAGCGCUAUUUCGAGGACCAAUGCAGCAGUUCCCAGCGCGUAGCUAUUGAAACGGGACAACGUCAGUGCGUGGAACUAGCAUUGCACGCUGCCAAAGCCGCAUAUGGAGACCCCAGGUUCCCGGCCUACUUCCACUCGGAUUCGUCAGACAUCAGGGUGAAGGUUGCUUCCCGGUUCCGCGCAAUAGCAAAGGAAUGCACCAAGCCACGCCUGAGUUACCACUGUUUUGACCGUCACAACCAGUGUGGGACCGAGAACGUGGCAUUCUAUACGGGUGAGGGCGUGGUAUUCUAUACGGGUGGGGGCGGCUAUGUGACGAUCUGCCCACCCUUCUGGGGCAUGCCGCGAGUGAACCCGGCAGGUUACGGCGGAGACCGGGGCACCGUACUUCUACACGAGUUAACGCACAGUCCAGAGGUUUAUAAGCCUGGCACGCAAGACUUGGCUUAUGGCCUCCAUAACACGACGGAGCGAUUAAAGACAGCCGAGGCGGCGCUGAACAAUGCAGAUUCUUUCGUGGUGUUCGCACAGGACGUUCUUUACAACUCCUACUCAUCAAACGGGCAAGUAGUGGACUGUUUCCCUGAUCCACAUCUUUGCCACGCGAUUGGCGUUCAGCUCACUGCCUCGGGUAACUCCGCCGUCAAGGUCGUAGUGACGAACAACGGCGAUAUGGCUUUGAACCUUCUCAGGAGAGCCAAUCUCUUCGAUGAGAAGCUACCCGUCGAGCGCAUCUCGAUGUUCGCUAGCAACAGUUCUAACAAGGUUCCUUUCGAAGGCAUCAGCAGUGUUCACCUUGAUACCGACAACCUAUCCACAGACGACUUCCUUGUUCUUGGAGCUGGAGACAAGAAAGAGUUGACGAUUGAAGCUGCCUCUCUACACGAUCUCAGCAACGGCGGAAGCUUUGAUGUGUUCGCGAACGGCAUGCUGCAAUACGCCAACCCCAACUCGACCGAACUUGUUGGCCAUCUCCAAUACAGCUCCAACAAGCUCAGCAUCACUGUCAACGGUACCGAAGCGGCUACUCACAAGCCAGUAGCCGAACGUGCAGCCGAUCCCUACUUUUGCCAACGUACGUACUCCUUUCCAUCACAGACUCGCACAAACGCUGACGCAGGCUUCAUAGCUUUCAUGAAUGAUGCAAUCGCCGAGGCACAAAAGAACUGUCAAAAGCUAGCAUUGGGAGCUGCAGCUGCAGCUCGAGCCGGCCACCGCCAUCUCGAGACCUUCUUCCACUCGUCAACAUCAGCUACGAAAGCUGAGGUUUCCGCCCGAUACACCGCAAUAGCACGAGAAUGCGCCAAGCCUAGUGCAAGCUUGAAUCUCUAUUGUCAUGACCGUCUCGGCUAUUGUAAUGGUAAUCUUGCAUACUACGGCCCGCAUGGUCUCGGCAUCACGUUCUGCGCUGGUUACUGGGACAAGCCGGCAGUAGCGGAAGGGCAAUGUUCAGCCAAGGAUCAGGGCAAUGUACUUCUGCACGAGAUGACGCAUUCUUCAGAGGUGUAUAGCCCUCCUACCAAGGACUGGGCUUAUGACUACUGGCCUUCCGUUAAGCUGUCUUCCAGGAAGGCACUGAACAACGCAGAUUCGUUCAAGCUGUUUGCAAACCGUAAGCUGAUUACCUUCUACGACCGAUAA